AUGCACCCUGAAGUAUGGGGUCAAAGUCAGGGACAUCAGUAUGAGCACAGAGUUGGCUGUAGAUAUGCGAGUCUCAGUCGACCCACGAGGACCUCCGGCCCCAGGUCCCCGUGCUGCUACGCCUCCCUCGCUGGCCGCACGUCUCCACCUGUCGCUACAAAUGUUUCCCUGGGCACCGUGCUCAACCUGUCAAAUACCACUGCUCCCAACAGAAGCGGCCCACCCUUCCCUAACGUUGUACCCAGCCUGGCUCCAAACGACACCAGCGGGAUUGGAAGGAAUCCAAAAGCAGAGCUCGAAACCGCCGGGGAGAAAGGACAAACAGACUGCCAGACGCAGGGAAAGGGACGGUGCGCAGGCCGGGAUCCAGUGACUCAAGCCCCAGCUCCCAACCGUCGCGUCCUCGACCCGCCUCCGCUCCGCCCCACGACGCACGCGCACGCGCGCUUUUCUAGAGACCCGGAAGCGGAUGGCGCGGAGCAACGGGCACGCUCGGUUUCCUUUCAGGGGCGGUUGACAUUCAGGGAUGUGGCCAUAGAAUUCUCUCAGGAGGAGUGGGAGUGCCUGGACCCUGCUCAGAGGGCCUUGUACAGGGACGUGAUGUUGGAGAACUACAGGAACCUGGUCUCCCUGGGAAUCCCUUCUGAUGGAUUUGCAAUCAAGGAAUUAUCACCAACAGAGGACAUUAAUAAAGGCGAAUUUUACCACUUAGUGAUAUUGGAGAGAAAUGAAAGUUAUGGAAUCAAGGAUUUUGAUCUCCAGGAAUCCUGCGAAAAUAUGCAUGAGUUUGAGAGUCAGUGGGGAUAUGAUGCAAGAAAUUACAAAGAAGUGCCUUUGUCCCAUAACAAAAAUCUCACUUGUAGAAAAGACCAGCAACUUAAUCAGACCUCAGUUACUCUUCCUGAAAAGCAGAGUGUUUCUGUAAGAAAUAAUACAUACCAGUAUUUCAUGGAUGAUGAGCCAUUUAUGAGGAAUUUGCUAAAAAUGGACAAUAACAGAAGUGGUGCUGGAAACCAGUACAUAAACUGCAUGGAAAAUAGAAUUGGAUUAAGUUUGCAGGCACAUCUGGCUGAACUGCAGAGAUUUCACAAUGAGGAGAAAAUGUGUGACUGUAAUCUGACUGAGAAGUCUGUCAACAGUGGUUCCUCAGUCUCACCACUUCAAAGAAUUCCUCCCAGUACCAAAAACAUUUGGAACAAAUACAGGAAGGUUUUUAAGUAUCCUUUGUUACCUGCACAAUACAGGAGAGCAUACACUAGAGGAAUUUCUUACAAAUGUAAUGACUGUGGGAAGGCUUUUAGCAAAAGUGCAAACCUCAUGAGUCAUGAGAGAAUUCAUUCUGGACAGAGACCUUACAAAUGUAAUGACUGUGGCAAAGCUUUUACGGACCGUUCAAAUCUUAUUCAUCAUAGAAAAAUCCAUACUGGAGAGAAACCUCACAAAUGUAACGAGUGUGGCAAAGCAUUUACCCAAUUUGGAAACCUUGCUAGGCAUCAGAAAACACACACUGGAGAGAAACCACACAAAUGUAAUGUGUGUGACAAAGCUUUUACUCGAAGUUCAAGCCUUAUGGCACAUCAGAGAAUUCAUACAGGAGAAAAACCUUAUAAAUGUAAUAAAUGUGAUAAGGCUUUUAUCAAACAUUCACACCUUUGGGGUCAUGAGAGAACUCAUACUGGGGAGAAACCUUACAAAUGUAGUGAGUGUGGCAAAGCCUUUGCUGAGCGUUCACAUCUUACUCAACAUAGAAAAAUCCAUACUGGAGAGAAACCUUACAAAUGUAAGGAGUGUGGCAAAGCAUUUACCCAAUUUGCAAAUCUUACUAGGCAUCAGAAAAUACACACUGGGGAGAAACCAUACAAAUGUAAUGUGUGUGACAAGGCUUUUACCGAAAGUACAAGCCUUAUGAGACAUCAGAGAAUUCAUACAGGAGAAAAGCCUUAUAAAUGUAAUAAAUGUGAUAAGACUUUUAGUAAACGUUCAGACCUUUGGGGUCAUGAGAGGACUCAUAGUGGAGAGAAACAAAUGUAACGAGCGUGGCAAAGCCUGUACGAGCAUCUUGCUCAGCAUAAGAAAAUCCAUACUGGAGAGAAACCUUAUGAAUGUAAUGAGUGUGGCAAAGCUUUUACGAGGCAUCAGAAAAUACAUUCUGGAGAGAAACCUUACAAAUGUAAUGAGUGUGAUCAGACUUUUAAAAAUAAGAGUUUUGCAUGUCGCAUUCUAGCGUCCAUCACUGAUACUGAGCACCCGGCUUUAACUUCAUUAAACAAGGAGCUGUCACUGUCCGGGUCUCAGUCGCCCCACGAGGACCCCCGGCCCCAGGUAGCAUCGCUGCUCCGCCUCUCCCGCUGGAGGCCAAUCUCCACCGCUCGCUAA